CUUUCUCUGGCCUUACGCAUAAAGCACACACACCAUUGUCAGCACUGAACAGCUACUGUGACGUGAAAGUCCAACCACAAUACAACAAUGACCAACUCACGCUCUCUCAACUUUGCUGCAGGUGCUGUCGUUAUAGGCAUCAUGACGGGCAUGCUUAUGAUUUACCAAGCCAGUUCUCCAAGCGCCAGCAGGGCAACUACGCGGAGGCCGACGAGCUCUCCAAGCGCCAGCAGGGCAACUACGCGAAGGUCGAUGAGAGUGAGCAGUAGGCUACGGGCUUAUGAACAGGAUUGCAAUCACGCUUUCAUAGGUGCGGUGUGCGCAAUGGCUGAAGGUCAAAGUUAGGCUUGGAUUGGGUCAUUUUGAUGCUUAGAGUGCUAUGGAAGGUUGCGUGGAGAGUUUCGAAGUAUUAAGAGUCUGG